UGAGGAACAAAUAGACCAGAGAGUGGGAGGAACAUAGAUGGAGGAGGAAGACCUUAAUGAUCUGUAUAGGCUAUUGUAUGGAUUUGGGCUAUUUACUGUAAGUGAAAUGAGGAAUACUGCAGGGUUCUAAGCGGAAGAGUGAUAUUAUUAUCAAACUUUUAAGAUGCUCUUAUUUUAUGAAGCUCAGUACUGAGUACUGGGCGUGUGCAGGUGAAUUCUUCAUUCUCUCUUCCCUGGAAGGGUUUAUAUCCUAGUGGGGAAACAUAGGGAGACCAGGUGUCAUACGAGGCUGAGUCAGAUAAUUGGAGCCCCGUGAAGGCAGAAUAAAUGUCAUUCCCAAAUUGCCAGCAUGUACUGUUAUGUCAGGUGCUUAGUAACUUUGUUGAGUGAUUAAGUAAUUAAUAGUCCUAAUACUCAGCACCAGACCUGCAAUGGAGGCUCAGAAAAGAUUUUUGAAUAAAUAAAUGAAAUGCUAAAUCUGGACAUAGAUAAUGUCCCACACAGGUUCAGCAUUUCUGUGCUUCUCUGAUGCCUAGCUUCGUCUUGGCUUUCUGAGGAUCCCUAGGUGGCAAGCUCCUAUUCAGCAUUUACUGAGCUUCUGUUCUGUGCCAGGCUUUCUGCCGGUCACUGAACAUAACCAAGAUGAAAAGGAGGGUGUCCAUCAGGAGUGUCCAGUUUACUGUAUUACAUAUUCUUCUGGUGGCAGUUGGGGUUGUCUUUAUCAGAUUUUCAAGAUCACUACCUCCCAAGCUCCUGGUCUGGAAACAUCCUCAGAGACUACAGGAAUUUGAGGAGGCAUGAGAUAAAAGGAAGGGAAAAAGAAGAAAAGGAAUGGGAGUGGUGGUAGUAAAAUUUAGUUCAGUUCAACAAACGUCAGACACUGCUGUUUGCAAGGUUUUAUACUGUGAGCUGUUCAGUAUUUAGUUAAAUGUAGGCAUAAUUCCUCCUACAAAGGAAUUCAGUCUGGUGGGAGAGAAAAUAUCAACACAGACUUUCCAAUUUUUUUAAACAAUGGUAAUGGAAAUCUCUGUAGCCCCUCCACCUACUUCUAUUCUAGCUCUCUUUUCUCCUUCUCAGCCAGACUUUCUCCAAAAGGCCUCUCUCUACAUCCAUUGCCUCCCAGUUAUUCCCCGACAGGCCCUGACACAUAGGAGGAGCUCAAUGAAUAUUCAUUGACUAAAUGAAUGGUCAAACACAGGACAGAGGACUAAGCACAUGGACUGGAAAUUGGAAGGGGAUGCUCAGAAAACAGAGUCACUUGUGCUGCAGGGGCAAGAAGGCGUCCUAGAGGACACAUGUGAAGAUGGAAUCUUUGAAACCUUCAAACUUCUGCAGAUUGAUGUGGACUGCGAGCGUGGGGAGGGAGAGACCCUGCCCACAGGCAGUGCAACAUGGUGCUCGAAAAAUGUCCAGAGAAAACAGAGACACUGGGAAAAGAUAGUUGCAGCAAAGAAGAGCAAAAGAAAACAAGAAAAAGAAAGAAGAAAAGCCAAUCGAGCAGAAAAUCCAGGCAUCUGCAUCCAGCAUAGCAAACGUUUUCUGAGAGCUUUAACCAGAGAGAAACUUUUGGAAGCCAAACACUCAGGACCAAGACUGUGUAUCGAUUUGAGUAUGACUCACCACAUGUCAAAGAAGGAAUUGAGUAGACUGUCUGGACAGAUCCGAAGGUUGUAUGGUUCAAACAAAAAAGCUGACAGGCCAUUUUGGAUUUGCCUCACUGGAUUCACAACAGACAGUCCUCUGUAUGAAGAGUGUUUGAGGAUGAAUGAUGGAUUUUCUAGUUAUCUGCUAGACAUAACAGAAGAAGACUGCUUUAGUUUAUUUCCUCUGGAAACCAUUGUGUACCUUACUCCUGACUCAGAACAUGCUCUUGAAGAUGUUGGUCUAAAUGACGUUUAUGUCCUUGGUGGACUUGUGGAUGAAAGCAUUCAGAAGAAGGUGACAUUUCAAAAAGCCCAAGAAUACUCUGUCAAGACAGCCCGCUUGCCAAUCCAGGAAUACAUGGUCAGACACCAGAAUGGGAAAAAUUAUCAUUCAGAGAUAUUGGCCAUCAAUCAAGUGUUUGAUAUCCUGUCUGCUUACUUUGAGACUCACAACUGGCCUGAAGCGCUGAAGAAAGGAGUUUCUUUAGGAAAAGGCUAUGUUCUUCGGAAUUCAGUAGAAUGAUGAGCAGCCUAAGAUUACAGCUGCAAGAGGUGAAGUGCGGAGGUGCCUUGACCAAAGAGCAGGGCAGAGGGUGGCAGUGGCACACACUUGCCUUUACUUGACAUCUUCUUGGAUCUUCAUAAGAUAUAAGCUACUAAUGACAGGGACCACAAUUAUGCUGUUUUGUAUCUUCCAUAGUGCCUGGCUCACAGGAAGUGCCCAGAUACAUGUUAAGUAAUAAAAGUUUACAUAACAAGGAAUUAGCCCCCAAACCACAUGGCUUUGGAUGUGUUGAUUCAUCUUUUGUAUAUCUAUCUCUGUUUGUGAAAGACCUGCUAUGUAGAAAUUGUUUAAAUAAAUAACUUUUAUUGUAUCAAGA